CGAUGAGCAGGUCUGAUGGAUCUGGCUGGAAAGCCCAGAUGGAGCUCCACUUCUCAGCGAUGAGGUUCAUGAGAGGUACACCUUGCACCUCGAUCAAAGGAAAACGAGAAAGUGUGCUGGAGCCUGGACGGAGAGGCGACUCUGCAUUUGAGGGGCUUCGUUUGGUUCUGUUUCUGAAUCGCUCCCAGUUUCGCGGACAUCGUCAUCCUCUGUGUCUGUAUCGGAGUCUGAGAGGCUGAGGUGAUCUGGAUGUUGAACUUGCCGCUUUGUCCGCUGAAGGCCCUCGUCUGCAAGUCCUGGAGAAUGCUGUCUCGCUGUUCCCUUCUGCAGCUGGUCUUGGCUCUUGGGGUGAUUUUGCCGCCGGCUACAGACUCGCAAGGCACUGAGAGCUACACCAGACUGCCUCCUGUGGAUUGGGAUGAACAUCUGUUUACAGAAAAUCUGACAGCUGCAGCAGCAACGAUCCACUCCAUUACAGCUGGAGCCUCAGAUCCUUUGGACACCGCCACCCCAAGUGUUAUUCCAAGAGGAUUUGAUGACCGCGCCAUGUCCACUGUCAGCCCCUUGACCGAAGAGCCGAUCACAACUUCCACUGAUUGCGUUUGUGAUCUCACGCCAGAUUUCUGUGACAUCGCCUGCUGCUGUGACGUGGUGGAUUGUGGAGUCGCCAACCUGAGCUCUGUUUUCAGUGGGUGCAAGCAGGAAACUAGUGUCUUGCUUGAUUUGAGGCCUGGAGUGUGUGUUGAGAGCUGGCUGAUGUUUCGAGCCAACGUGGACCCCCAGCUUGUGACAGUGACUGACUCGCUGUUCUGCGUUCGGAAAGGGAACGAGACAGAUGCAGCGCAGACUCUACCUGCCCUCUCUGAGGGGACGUUCUCCAUCUUCUCUCCUCAUUUCUCACUACAGGAGCCCGCCCCCUACCACAGCCGCAACUCAAGCUUCUACAAGGUGGAUGACAUCAUUCUGACAUAUUACAACGCCACAUCCGCAGUGAGCGUGCUCAGACACCCAUCGCCAGGGGCGGCAUCUUCAUCCUGCGUGGACCGCAAUCCUGCAAAGUUCCUGCGUUCUGGCUCUCUGUCCUGUUCACGAGCUGUGAGCGCUCAGUCUUGUGGAAGAGACGGCACGCUGAGCAUUCGUUCCUAUUUCACUGGCUUCAGACUCCUCAGGGUUCCACGUCUUUCAAAAGUGGACUUGCCAAAUAUAACGAUCCCAGUUAUCCUGUUGUCCAGCCAGCCUGAACCCACUGAACAUAAUGGCUACUGUGUGAAUGUGGUGUCAAAGGUGGAGUAUAUGAUCACAUACACAGGCGGAGGGGAGAUUACCGCAGCCACGCUGAGAGUGGAGUUGGCAAAUGCCAGUUUUGGCACCCAGUUACUGCAACAGCACACGGUGAAAUUUCAGUUGGCCACACCCUCACCACCUCCUUCUAGCACGCCAUUGGUAGGCUUGACGGUUGGCACGCCAGUGAUUGGCUGGUUUGGCGAAGAGGCUCAGCCUCUGACGGUCCAGGGACUGUCUGUAGGAGGAGACUGUGCUACUGACCUCUUCAACCGAGCUUCCAUUCUCUUCAACCACAACACCAUCACUGGCUGCAGCUUCAGGUCUCCAUCCCGUGACUGCGCCUCACUUAAAGCUCAGCUCUACAGAGUUCUGCGUGGUGCCACGACUCCAGACAUGGUCGCCAUGACUGCAGGUUCACAGCCAGACUGGAGCAGGGUCAUUCUGCAGGAUUGUCCUGAGCCCCCAACAGGUGAGCUGUGUGAGACAGGCUGUCUCUUGCCCAUCUCCCUCUCAGUGCAGGUACUUUGGGCUCAGAGAGGACUGCUGGCAAUGCCGCAAAACCAUAUCCUGGGAGCCAAAUACAUCUUCAGCUGUCAGAUACUGAAGUGUCCUGUCGCUUCUCCUCUGCCUGUGACCACGGAGGUGAUUUUCUCUGACGCCACCGUUUACCCAGAAGCCCCCAGAGGUGAACCCCAACCCGAGUGGAAAUUCCCGUUUGCUUUUUUCACAAGAGGGGCAGGAGAGUUAGAUGGAGAGUAGCUUUGGUAAAACUAUGAGAAUGUGCUUCUUCUGAGUGUUGUUCACUGUUAGCUAAUUAUCUACCUCAUUCUGAGCAUGUACAGUUUUUUAAUAACUUAUUUUUAUUUUGCAAAAUACAUACUUUUACAUGAUA